AGAAAAUUUCUCAUCACUGUUAUAACAAAACUUUUAUAACAGUUGCAAAAACUGUUUAGUUUGUGAUAAAUAUAUUAAUUUUUGCAAUUGGCAAAAACUCUUAACAUAAAAGCUAGCACAACCUACUAAAUCAUCAACUGCAGCAAAUUUGCACUGUCAUUUGAAAAAUUGCCCGGCUGCGAAAGUGUGUCGUUUGGACAGCAUCAAAUUUAUUAAGCACUAGAGGUAAAAAGGACUGUUGCCGUUUAUUACCAUGGAUCGUCUACUUCGCCUUAGUCGCCCGCAUGCACACCAACCACCGCAAGACAUCCACAUUGUAGAUACAGCCGAACAAGUCUCUAUUUCGUCAUUGGCACUACUUAAAAUGUUAAAGCAUGGUCGCGCUGGUGUGCCAAUGGAAGUUAUGGGUCUCAUGCUUGGGGAAUUUGUAGAUGAUUAUACAGUCCGUGUGUCUGAUGUCUUCGCUAUGCCUCAAACUGGUACAGGCGUAUCAGUUGAAGCAGUCGAUCCAGUGUUUCAAGCUAAAAUGCUAGAAAUGCUAAAACAAGUUGGGCGGCCUGAAAUGGUUGUAGGCUGGUAUCACUCUCAUCCAGGAUUUGGCUGUUGGUUAUCUGGUGUAGAUAUAAAUACGCAGCAAUCUUUUGAAGCGUUAUCGGAACGUGCUGUAGCAGUAGUUGUUGAUCCAAUACAAUCAGUGAAGGGUAAAGUGGUUGCUGAUGCAUUUCGUCUUAUUAAUCCAAAUACGAUGGUCUUGAGCCAAGAACCCAGGCAAACUACAUCAAAUUUAGGUCACUUGCAAAAACCAUCUGUACAGGCGUUAAUACAUGGCUUAAAUAGACACUACUACUCAAUAAAUAUUAACUAUAGGAAAAAUGAUUUGGAAACAAAAAUCUUGUCAAAUCUACAUAAGAAAUGUUGGAGCGAAUCACUUAAACUUAAUGACUACAAUCUCAAUGAAACCCGUAAUAAUGAGGAUGUUAACGGUAUUUUCAAUCUGCUAAAGGACUAUAAUAAGGCUCUGCAAGAUGAGGAGAAAAUGUCAUUAGAGGAAUUAGCUUUGAAAAAUAUUGGAAAACAAGAUGCCAAACGUCAUUUGGAGCAGAAAGAGGACAGCAUAAUGCAUACAAAUAUAGUGCAGUUUUUAGGUGGAAUGUUAGAUGCUUUUAUAUUUCAAUAAUUUUAAAUACUGUUGUAAAUUUCUGUUGUCACAAAACAAUUUAAAAACUUCAAAAAAAAACCCACAUUUACUAACUUUGCAAAUCUGCAUU